AUGAAUUCUGCUCGAACUCAAAAUUUUGGUAAAAUUGAUUCAUAUAGACCUACUUCAGACUUGGCUGUUGGAAGAGUUCCAUAUAUUGGAGAGCUUCCAAUGUCAUAUUCUUCAAAACAACAAAAUUAUAAUGAAGAUGAUUUCAAUUUUAACUACCCUCCAACAUCAGAUGUUAGAGGAACACCAAGAUCAGCUACAUCAACAAGUUCAUCUAGACCAUCAACAGCAAGACCAUGCGAAAAAUACAAUAAAAUACACGAAAAUGAUGAUGUUUUCUUGAGAGCUCAAAUGAAAUUGAGAGCUCAUGAUGAAAAUACAUCUAGAAGAAAGAAAUUUAUGCAUGAUGAAUAUGAGCAAAAUGUUUUGAAUCCUAUUGAUAACAAAUAUCGCGCUCAGCUAACAGGAAGAAGGUACGAAUCAAGAGCAGAAUCGAAACUUCGAGCUGCUUCCCAACUUAAUUCAGCUCCAAUACGUAAUCUUCAAAUUAAUACAACUGGUUGCGAAGACAGACUCAUGCACUCAAGAUUAAACUCAAGACAAGAAUCGAGACUUGAAAAGUUCCUUACACAAGCUAAUCAAGAAGAAAAGAAACCAGAAAAGAAAGUUUUUGAGAUGGAUCCGAAGAGAAAAGCAGACACACGAUUCUUUACAUACGAAAUUACUAAAAAGAAAGGAACGCGAUUCUAUCCAGAUAAGUUUGCUUCAAGGGUUGCUGAAAAUAUUAAUCAAUUUCCAGAGUAA